UUCAAUCAAUUAAUAAGCACCCUCUAUUGGUUAAAACAAAAAGGGCACAACAAGUACCACCUAAGUCUAAAGUAGUUCCCACAUCCUCUGAAUUAGAGCAUUUCACAAGAGAAAGUGUGCAAUUGCAUGUCUUGUCCCUGAAAAAUGGUUCCAAAAUUCGGUGGUGGAGUGGAUGAUGGAGGAACUGGGCGUGGAACUAGGCCUAUCUGAACAUCAACCUCCUUUUGAAACUGAAACCAACUUUUUGGGAGUCACCUUCUUUCAACUUGUUAUGUUCAGGAUUGUGUUUCUUCAUUUCGGAGUUUAGAGUCAUGAAGUUUCUUGGUCUUGGGUCUUCUAUAACUGUGAGAUAGAUCAUGUGUCCAACCUUCUCUGUGGUUCAAAUGGUUGAAAAGAAAUGAUCUUGUAAUAGAUGCUACUUUGGCUUCUGGCAAUGGCAAGUGAGUUUCAAGUUGGAAGUUCUUUCAGACGGGUGAUCGAAUAACAGCCCCUUGUUGUAAUCAAGGAGCAGAGAAUGUGUGUUAAUUGGUUUUUACUGUUGAAAAGCAUUCCUGAUAGACCAGACCUGUUGUGUUCGGCUUCAUCGUGGGCAAAUCUCCUUUGGCAGUAUAGCUUCUAUGUUCCAAUCUUGGAAGAGGCAAAUUUAUAACUAUCUGAAACUCAUUUAUGUUUAAAGGUUCAACACUUUAACUGUAUUUGGGCAACUCUCCUUUGGCAAAAGUUACUUUAUUUCCUUUGGUUGAAUUCCUGGCAGUAAAAAUAUAUGUGAAAAAAAAAUUCUGCCAUCUUCCAUAAAAAAAUUAUUACCAUUCUGAGGUUAUUCCACUAGGAACUCCUCACUUUCCACCAGGGCAAAUCUACUUUGGCAUUACUUCCAAGGUUUUUCUUCCAGAAAAACACAAAAAAAUCAUCUGAUAGUCAAAUAGUUGUAGUUUCUUGGUACUUGUUUUGGGAAGCUUUCACAAGAGGUUCUUUCUCUGGAAAUUCCCGUUCAACUGGGCAAAUCUCCUUUGGCAUUUUGGAGUCUUUGAGUGACUCCUUUUAUCCUAUCAGGCAAAUAUCCUUUGCCAUUAACUUUCCUGUUUCAUUAGUCAAGAUAUAUUGUUAAUAAACUGGCUUACUAUCUGUGACAAACAUCAGUAUCAAUCAGACACAUUUUGCAUUGUACACAAAUAUCCUUUGAAGUCAAUAUCCAUACAUCUGUUGUGGACCUCAAUACCCCCUGGAUUUCAAUGCUUCUAUUUGCUUGAGAAGUUAGGUAUUUUAUUGGAAUCAUUUUAUUGAUGUUACCAUGAACACAUUAUGACAGGCAUCUAGUAGAUGGAUGCUCACAUGACUGAUUUGGAUUGGGAGACUUUCAGUGACGGCAGCAGCAGUGAGGAUCAAGAGGAUAUUGAUUUUCAAUAUGGUAGACAAGCUCGGAGCAUAUUAUCAAGUUUAGAGGAAAGCAUUGGGAGGAUAGAUGAUUUUCUCUCAUUUGAGAGGGCAUUUGUCCAUGGGGAUGUGGUCUGCACCUCCUCAAAUCCAUCCGGACAGAUGGGGAGGGUCACAAGUCUUGAUGUGUUGGUGGACUUGGAAAAUGUUCAAGGAAAGAAAUUGAAAAAUGUGAACUCCAAGAAACUUGUGAAGAUUCGCUCCAUUUCAGAAGGUGAUUGUGUAAUUAAGGGGCCAUGGAUUGGCCGGGUUCAGAGGGUAGUAGACAGAGUGACUAUAUUGUUUGAUGAUGGAACUAAAUGUGAGGUCAUUACCUUGGAAAAAGAUAAGCUCUUACCACUGACUCAUAAUUUUCUUGAAGAUUCACAAUAUCCAUACUAUCCCGGGCAGAGAGUAAAGGUUAAUACCUCCACAGCUUCUAAACCAGCUAGAUGGCUGGGUGGCACCUGGAAAGACAAUCAUGAUGAAGGAACUGUUUGUGCUGUGGAAGCAGGUUUGGUGUAUGUUAAUUGGCUUGCCUCUGUUCUUUUGGGUUCCAAUUUUAAUGUGAGUGUUCCUCCAUGCUGGCAAGAUUCCAAAAACUUGACCUUGUUGUCCUGUUUUUCACAUACAAAUUGGCAACUUGGUGACUGGUGCAUGCUCCCAGUUGUGGAUCAAAAGGAACAGAUUAUUCAAGAUGCAUCUACCUGUGAUCCUUAUAAUGAGCAGGGUAUGGCUAGAGGAUAUAAGAGAAGAAAUCUUAACAUUGGGGAAUUAUUUCUAAUUGAAAAGAUAAAGACCAAAGUUGAUGUUGUUUGGCAAAAUGGUGAACAUACUUUGGGAUUGGAUCCACACAACUUAGUCCCAGUGAAUGUCAUAAACACUCAUGAAUUUUGGCCCCAGCAGUUUGUGCUGGAAAAAGGUGCUUCCGAUGAUCCUCUUAAGCCUAGCAAUCAAAGAUGGGGUGUUGUUCUUUCCAUGGAUGCAAAAGAGCAUACUGUAAAGGUACACUGGAGAACUGUUCCCACAUCUGAGACAGAUAAUUUAGCUGGAGACACAAUGAUUGAAACUGUGAGUGCCUAUGAACUUGUCGAGCACCCAGAUUACUCCUGUUGUUUUGGUGAUAUUGUGUUCAAGGAGGCUCAAAAACAGCUUGGCUACCAAGCUGAUAAAGAUAAUGCGAAGUCAGUGACUGACUUGAAUGUGGAAGUUCCUCUGAUAAACUGGGACCAAAUCAGUCAUCCGAAUAAGUAUGCAGAUAACAGUUACCUCUCCUGCAUUGGCAAUGUUACUGGUUUUGAAGAUGGUGACAUGGAGGUGAAAUGGGCUACUGGUUUAACAACCAAGGAGGUCAUUACAAGUUUAUUUGUGCCCCUACAGGUUGCACCUUAUGAAAUUUUUCGAAUUGAUAAGCACGAAGGUUCAACUGCAACCCCUGUUUCUUAUGAAGCAAAUGUUGAGGAGUUGACUCAAGAGAUGAUUGUAAGUCAACCAUCAGACAAGAAGGGAAAGGGCUUGUUAGAUUGUGAUGGCUAUAGAGAUAAUUGUGAGCAUCCAGGAGAAAGUAGUUCCUCUUCCCUUCCACAAGCUGCCUUUGAACUUUUCUCCAGUAUUAAGGCCAGCAUAUUCAAAACACUUGGUGUAACAUCACUUUCUGGCAAAUUCUGCCCAGUCCCUACGUUUGAAGAGGGAAAUGAAUCUGGUUGUCUUGAUAAGAAAGAUUUGGACACUUGUGGCCCUGAAUCUGAAUCACAUCCAGUGAGCAAGAUGCAGUCUUCUGGAGACAUUUGUGAAGUUAUUAGGACUCAUAAGAGGAAUGAUUUUCCAGUUUCUUUAGACAACAAAAACAGUUUAGAUCAGUUGAAGCAGUUUGAUGUAAUUGAUAAUUGCUCAGAUCACCACUUUAUUCAAGAGGGGAAAGGAUUGACAUCAUCUCAGUUUAAAAAGGGUUGGGUGAAGAAGGUACAACAAGAAUGGAGCAUCCUGGAGAAAAAUCUUCCUGAAACUAUUUAUGUCCGUGUUUUUGAAGAAAGAAUGGAUCUCAUGCGAGCAGCCAUUGUUGGUGCAUCAGGGACACCUUAUCACGAUGGCUUGUUUUUCUUUGAUAUAUGUUUCCCUCCAGAGUAUCCCAGCGAACCCCCUAUGGUGCAUUAUAAUUCCGGCGGGCUACGAUUGAAUCCUAAUUUGUAUGAGUCCGGGAAAGUCUGUCUGAGUCUCCUAAACACGUGGACUGGUACAGACACCGAAGUUUGGAACCCUGGAGCUUCCACAAUUCUUCAAGUCCUUCUUUCUCUGCAGGCCCUUGUACUUAAUGAUAAGCCUUAUUUCAAUGAGGCUGGAUAUGAUCAACAAAUUGGUAGAGCCGAAGGGGAGAGAAACUCAGUGAGUUACAAUGAAAAUGCUUUCCUUGUCACCUGCAAAUCCAUUUUGUAUCUAUUAAGAAAGCCUCCCAAGCAUUUUGAGGCAUUGGUGGAAGAGCACUUUAGACAAUGCUCCAAACAUAUACUUUUGGCUUGUAAGGCAUAUCUUGAAGGAGCUCCUAUAGGAUGUGGUUUUGGUGGUGGAAAAGCUGAGCAUGAAAACCAAAAGGGAACUUCUACUGGAUUUAAAAUAAUGCUUGCUAAGCUCUUCCCAAAGCUAGUAGAGGCAUUUUCUGACAAGGGAAUCGAUUGCAGCCAGUUUGCUGAGAUGCAAAAGUAAUUGUCUGUUCUACCUUGUUGUGAAUAAGCCGUCCAGCUUUCUGUCAAGGAUAUUCAAACUUUAUGUGUAAUAUUAAUUUGUUUUCACUUAUCUUGUAUAAUAUCAAAUGUGUGCUUGAUAAAAAAAUACCAAUAUCCUCUUGUAAACCACCACCCCCUCCCAAAAUAAAAGAAGUGGUGAAGAUGUAUUGAUAAUAAAAAUACCCUGUGGUAUGUAAUGUAUCAUAUGUACUAUGUAAUGGCUUGAAGAUGUGAGAAUGUAAAAUAAGAAGCACAGUGAUUGGAGUGGUUUGCUUGAA